AUGUUCCUUUUGAGGCAAAAGAUAUCGAAGCAGCAGUCUCGUAGAGAUGUCGCCCCAAAGGUUCUUGGACGAUGGCCGUCUAAAGAUUGCACGCCCGAUGAGGUAAAGCGGCAGCUGAGGCGUAAAAGCAGUCACGAUCAAAACUUGUCUUCGGCUGACCGGAUCCGCAAACACACCACUACUCACUUUGGCUUCAGCACACUCAGUCUGGCCAUGAGGGGCCUGGAUGAAGCUCCAACUGACCUGUGGGAACUCCGUGAGCUGGAGAAACUCAACCUGUCCUUGAACUUUCUGUGCGUGUUGCCGUCUGGUCUGGGAGCUCUGGAGAACCUUGUGGUGCUCAACCUUUGGGGGAAUGAGUUGGUCAGUCUUCCUCCUGAGAUUGGGCUUCUCCGGAAUCUGAGGGUACUGUUCGCCUACCGCAAUCGCCUCAGUGAGCUUCCUGAGGAACUGGGCUGCUGCUCCAAACUUGAAGUCCUCAGUCUGGCCAAUAACCUCCUGACCAGACUCCCGGAUAGCUUAGCAUUCAUGCGGAAGCUGAGCAAGCUCAACCUGAGCCACAACCACAUGGCACACAUCCCUGCCUGCGUCUAUGCCAUGAAGAACCUUGUUUUUCUCCACUUAGCCCACAAUGUUUUGGAGAACAUCGCUGAGCAGAUCCAGGACUUGGUCAACCUCAAGAUUCUGAUCUUAGAAGGGAACAGCAUCCACACGCUGCCCAGAAACUUGUGCUUUCUGACUGGACUGGAGCUCCUCAAUGUGGACUUCAAUGAUCUGCAGAGUGUCCCAUCUGAGAUGUACUUACUCAAGAAGCUGGAUAAGUUGGCCUGCCAUCCACUUGAUAAAGGCCUACAUAUAGUCCAUAACCCUCUCCUGAAACCCAUACAGGAGGUGCUGCAGGGAGGUCUGAAAGCUCUGUAUAACUACAUCAAACCAGCCUGA